AUGGUUGAGGUCACAAGUUGGAUUCCGCACGCCGUAGUAGAAACAUUGCGCGAUCGUUCCGCGCAACCAGUCAUCGCUUGGCUUACAAAUAUCCGUGGUUCAAUUGAAGAAUACGAUCCGAUGGUGUCUGUGCGCGCUCCUUCAGCCGUGUCUCAAGAAUCCGAGUCGGACGAAGCCUUUAACGAAAUACUUUCCCAGUUGGGCAAAGAAAUUUACAAGCUUGAUGAAUACCAAAGAAACCUCGUGCCUACACAGCCACAGAUAUCUCUCAGUAUUUUAAAUAUUUUUGACCAAUGCCUUGAAGACAUAAGUUUACCUGACAAGGACACCACAAUAACUGAAUCAAAACAAAACGUAAACAGUGAUACGGACGUCGCGUUCGUGACAAGUACGCCUUGCAAAAGUGUGGUCGUGAUGGAAGAUAGUGUUUCAGAGACAGUGCCACCUAUUCCUCCGCGAAAAGUGAAAGCUCCUUCGCCUACAAUCUACGAUGAUAUAGACAUAACCGAAAGUCAAUCCCAAGUCGAUUCAGAUAGUGAUUCCGAGAGCACUAUAUGGAGUUACAAGGAAUGUAACCCAGAGGAAGUAAACAAGGAAACAUAUGCAGCUGUUUGGUCGCAUUCGACGGGAUAUCACAAUUCGGACGAGAUUCUUCGCAGAGUUUUGUCUCAGGCGGAGCAGCGCGCGACAAUAUCUCGAUUGUCAUUCGAUACCGCUAGUGACUUUUCACCGCCACCGUAUACCGUGUACGCAUUGCACGAGGUAGGAGACAGGUGCGAUUCAGUCGCUGCGAUGACGCCGGACAAGACGUGCGAAGACGGCUACGAGCCGGUACGCGAUGCCCUCACAGACGAAAACAUUUACGAAGAAAUUGAAUAUGGGUACAGUUACACAGACGAAGGGUGCUCGUGUGGAGGCAGUGUUGAAGUUGACAGUUUGAUAAGUGCAAGUUCGGAAGGUGUAGGUCGUGACAGUCCCUUAUACGCGAAUUUAAGGGAUAACGAUGCGUACGCGAUACCACCGGACGUUAUUUUUUGGAAGAAUUCGCUUCUUGAUCCGUUUUGCAACGAGGAUGAAGAAGAUGAGGUGAGUUAUCACAUCAUUCGUGAGAUCAUUGUGUGA